AUGAGAAGGCAAGCUUUGUCUGUUGCCCUCCAGGUAUCGGGCCUAUUCCUGCAGACGACAGAGGCCACAGAGACUAAAAGUCGUUCUGGGCACGGCUUGAUCGGCUAUGGCAUCUCCAUGUACCCUCCGCCCUGCGCCUUCGCGUGCAAGGAUGCCGUGAGUGCGCCGCUGAACUGCACCGCCGACACGGCUAUGGACAUGAGCGGCCACGGCGGCAUGUCCAUGAAGCUUAAAAGCAGACACCACGGUGAACAUGAUGAGCUUGAGUUUCCCUCUGGAGAUGGCUGGAAAGUUGUCAAAACAGCACCUGCCGCCUGCAAGGCGAUCAACGACUUCUGGCUCCAGACCGUGGCACACUGUGUCCGCACUCGAUGCCCCGACAGCUCGAUCAGCCAGCUGGAGAAGUUCUGGGAAACCGAAGCACUAGGACAUCUUGUCGAGCAACCAGUGCCCAAGAUGUCGUACUCGCAAGCUCUAGCCUCCAUCGCCGUUGAGCCUUCCCGAGCGAUGAACAAGAGCGUUCUUCUCGACUACGUCGGCGCCGUCUCCGACAAGGACUGGACGCCCAUCUACAACGCCGACGUCAACUUCGAGGAGCACGAGGCAGGACACUCAAUGUUCGGGCUCAUCGUCCUGCUCGCGACCGCCGUGCUCCCAAUCGCCAUGUCCCUCCUGCGAUUCCUCCCCUGGCCGACGGCGCUGGUCUCCCGUUUCCACGCCUACUUGAUCGACCCUCCGCUCUUCGGGCCCCACCACUCGACACCCGUCUUCUUCGGCCUGGGCAUCAUGCCCACACGCGGCCAGGCGCUCUUCAUAGUCUACAUCUGGGCCGUCAACAUAGCCUGCUCCGCCGCCGGGUACCACCCCAUCUGGCCGCACAGCUGGUACGCGAGCACCUACGUCGAGGUGACGACCUACGUCAGCAACCGCGUCGGCAUCCUGAGCUUCGCCAACCUGCCCGUCACUAUCCUCUUCUCGGGCCGCAACAACCCGCUGCUGUGGGUCACCGACUGGUCGCACUCGACCUUCCUGCUCGUGCACCGCUGGGUCGCCUUCAUCUGCAUGGCGCAGGCCGUCAUCCACAGCAUCGCGUACCUCUACCUCUACCUCGAGCCCGACCGCGACCACACCGCCGAGAGCCAGAAGCCGUACUGGUACUGGGGCAUCAUCGGCACCCUCGGCCUGUCGCUCAUGGUCCCCUUGUCGCUGCAGCCGAUCCGGGCGAGGAUGUACGAGGCCUUCCUCGCGAGCCACAUCGUGCUGGCGAUCCUGGCCCUCAUAGGCUGCUUCCUGCACAUCUUCUACCGGUACGAGUGGCAGUGGGGGUACGAGAACUGGGUGUACACGGCGGCGGGCGUCUGGAUCUUCGACCGCCUCGUCCGGCUCGCGAGGACCGCGCGCAACGGCGCCAGGCGGGCCUUCGUCACGCCCAUCGACAACGAGUACCUGCGCGUCGACAUCCCCGGCGUCGUGGCGACGGGCCAUGCGUACCUGCACUUCCCCGGCGUCAGCCGCUGGAAGUUCUGGGAGAACCACCCCUUCUCCGUGGCUGGGGUGUCGCUGGGCAUGGACGUGGAGUCCGGGUCCACCGCGCCCAAGACAAUGUCCGACGACGCGGCUGACGAGGAGAAGAAGACGCACCAAGUUGCCGAAGCUCCAGCUCCACAGAGCUCCCGCGGGUCGUCGAGCUCCGUGGCCCCUCCGGCCUCUUCGGCUAGGCUACGUCCAAUUGGGUCGACCUUUUUCAUCCGCAAGAGCGAGGGAAUCACGGAUCUACUAAGCCGAUCUGCAUCGGGUUCAAAGGGCGUUUCCGUGCUGGUCGAGUCGUCCUACGGACCUGGGGCGACGGUCUUGCAGGAGGACCCCGUGAUGCCGACACCCGAGUUCCCCAAUGUAUUGUGUAUCGCCGGAGGCGUGGGCAUAGCCGCCAUCCUGCCGAUCCUUGACACGGCGACGACUGGACUGGGUCGCGGUAGCGGAAGCAUCAAGCUCUACUGGGGAGUACGGACGAUGCCUCUCGUGCAUGCUGUCGAAGACAUGCUCCGCCUUGGGGAUCUAGGCGACCAGGGCGUGACGGACCGAUGCUGGGGUGCCGUGCCCGUGAAGCUGUCGGUAGGAGAGAGACUGGAUUUGAAGGCCGUUAUCGAGUCGGAGGUGGCGUCCAACACUGGCGGCACAACGGUCGUGGUCUGUGGGCCCGCGGGCAUGGCGGAUGAAGUUCGCUGCAUUGUGUCUGCAGUUUCUCGGCACGGUCCGGUGACGAGGCUGGUCGUUCACAGUUUCAUGUGGUAA